AUGACGACGCCGUCUCGUCUCUAUCUCCGCCUCCUUUGCCGUUUCUCCACCGCCGCCGCCGCCGCAGAUUCGUCAGCUGCAGCAACAACCACUGCGUCUCCCGCCGCAAUCACUGUCUCCAAAGCUAAAUCCAAACUACGUAAAGUCCACGACCCCGACAAAGCCUUGGCGAUUUACAACUCCUUCUCCAAUACUAAUGCCUCCUCUCCUCAAUCCUCUCGUUACGCAAUGGAGCUCACCGUACGACGCCUCGCGAAAUCUCAACGCUUCUCCGACAUCGAAUCCUUAAUCGAGUCUCACAAAACCGACCCAAAGAUCAAAACAGAGCAUUUCCUCUCUACACUUAUCAGAUCUUACGGAAGAGCCUCCAUGUUUGAUCACGCCAUGAAGACGUUCGAGGAGAUGGACCAGCUCGGGACGCCCAGAUCCGUCGUCUCCUUCAACGCCUUACUCGCCGCUUCCCUUCACUCCGAUCUCUUCGAAAGAGUCCCCCAACUGUUUGACGAAAUUCCUCAGAGGUAUCAAAACAUCACCCCUGAUAAAAUCUCUUACGGCAUGUUGAUCAAGUCGUACUGCGACUCUGGCUCGCCGGAAAAAGCCAUGGAGACGAUGAGAGACAUGGAAGCUAAAGGCGUUGAAGUUACCAUCAUUGCUUUCACCACCAUUUUAGGAUCUUUGUAUAAGAAUGGGCAAAUCGAUGCAGCGGAAAGCUUGUGGACAGAGAUGGUGAACAAAGGCUGCGAAUUGGAUAACACUGUUUACAACGUUAAGCUCAUGAAUGCUGCGAAGGAGAGUCCCGAGAGAGUUAAGGAGUUAAUGGAAGAAAUGAGCAGUGUUGGAUUGCAACCUGAUACAGUGAGCUAUAACUAUCUUAUGACUGCUUACUGCGUGAAAGGGAUGAUGAAUGAAGCCAAGAAGGUAUACAAAGGGCUUGAUCAGGCAAACGCAGCGACGUUUAGGACGUUGAUAUUUCAUCUGUGUAUAAACGGGAUGUAUGAGCAAGGCUUGGUUGUGUUCAAGAAGAGCGCGUUGGUGCACAAGAUUCCGGAUUUCAAAACCUGUAAGCAUUUGACUGAAGGGUUGGUGAAGAAUAACAGAAUGGAAGAUGCGAGAGGAGUGGCUAGGACUGUGAAGAAGAAAUUCCCUCCGCGGUUGGUAACCGAGUGGAAGAAGCUAGAGGAGAGUCUUGGAUUGUAUACAAAGGCCAAGACUUCAUCUUCUUCUCAAACAAGAGAAGUGUUGGAUCAAGAAAGUGAGGGUGAUGCAUAA